AUGCUGUCAACAAAAAUGCCCAAUCCGUGGAUUUUCUUUCUGCUGAGUGCCUUUUGCUCAGUCCAAGGCAGCUUUAAUAUGGAACCUGUUCGAAAUCCAGUUCUAAAUAGGCUUGAUAUUCCUGCUCAGCUGAACCAUCAUCAGCAGGAUUUACAACUGCAAGACCAUAAGAAUAUUCCUGAUGUCACUGUUGAAGCCGGCAAACCAUUCAUCAUAAAUCUACCAUCGCAGACUUCUAUGGCUGAGGUCACCGGACGCGAUGGUAAACCUCUUCCACCUUGGAUUGUUUAUGACGCCACUAGUCAGACCGUCCGUGGCCAGCCAUCUUCCUCGGAUGCCGGUGACUGGGCUGUUCGAGUCGAUGGCCCAGCUAGGGAAGUCUUCACUAUUAGAGUGCGUCGGCAGAUUAUGGACGACGAUGAUGCAAAUGAAGGAUCAGGUUCACUCAUUGAUGAUUAUUCGGAAUCAGACGAUGUGGAACCGGAUGUAAAUGAAGAAAACUUAUCACCUAAUAAGCCUGUCGUUAUCUCUCCAACCACACCACUUUUUAACGGUCCUUCCGUUUUAGCUACCCCUGUGAUGGAACCCAUUCCUAGCACGAAACCCAAAAAUAAGAAUCCGACCAAUCCUGCUAAUAGGAUGACUGCCAUUGAACCGACCCUUAAUCGACAAAUCGAACCGACUCCCGUCCAGGUUAUGGAAGGGACUACCGUUCGCGUGCUCGAUGAUUAUAGCAAUAGUUCAUUGUUUGAUCGGAUUGAAGAAACACAGUCCUCCGAAGAAACUCCGCCGCUGACGGAUGAUCUCGAAUUUUUGGGGCCUAAUUCAAUUUCUGAUUAUGACGAAGAGACAGCAAAGAAUUCACCGAUUCCUCCUACAGUGACCAUGCGCAUACCAAAAAUUCCGGCUACAGCUGGCAAAGUGUUCCGGUUUGUAAUUCCAGUUACAACUUUUUCUGAUCCCGUGGAUGGCAGCUCGGCCAAUUUGCACUUGGAGUUGCUUUCUGAAGAUGGAAAGCCGCUCGACGGAAUAACUUGGAUUGGAUUUAAUGCAACCAAGCGGGAGAUUUACGGGUUGCCUUUAGCCGAUGAUAUCGGCAAGUACUCGUUUUUGGUGCAGGCACGAAAUUCAGCCAAUUUGACAGUUACAGAGGGGGCUGAGAUCCAAGUGCGUCAACAUCCUUCUGAAAGAGCGUUCCAUCACCAAUUUACCUUGCAGCUAGAACCCGAAUUCUCGGAAGAUGAAGAGACCUUACCCCAGGUCUACUGGAUGCUCAAAACAGUAGCUGGCUUAUCUAGAACAGUUGGUGACAAAGAAGAUUUUAUAGUAGUGCGCCGCAUCAAUGGCACCGUUAAGAAUGGCAACGCCUUUACGUUCACGUGGUCUAACGAGUCUCUUCCUCGCACGCACUGUCCUGAAGACGAAAUUCAUGAAUCUUUUGAUCUGAUUUAUAAUCGGGUAGCUGAUCAGGUGACUGAUCAGUUAGAUACCGAAUUAGCCCCGCAGCUGAGUGUCACAUUAGGUAGCGUUGAACUUGACGGUAUUUGUCAACCAUUACCAGUAAAUCCACCGCCGAGCAUUCCACAAAAAGAGACUAAACCAUCGAGCAAAAUGAAUCAAGCGCCUACAACACGCAACCAAGUGGACCACUUGAGCGCUGAAGUAGGUGUACUCUUCCGUUAUCCAGUCCCAGCUGACACGUUUCACGACGAAGAAGACGGCGAUACACGGAUGCUCAAAUUGUCCUUACAAAAUAUGAAUCGCCAACCAUUAGAUUCACGCAACUGGCUUCAAUUCGACUCGCCCAAUCAAGAAUUCUACGGCCUGCCGCUGGACAACGAUGUCGGCAGUGAAGAAUACCAACUGUUGUGCACGGAUAGCUCUGGAGCUGUCGAAUCUGACGGACUAGUCGUGGUUGUCAAAGAAAGAUCAAAAAAACCUGAAGAUCAACCGUUGGUUGAAUUUUCACUCACCAUUGACGAUAACUAUGAUACUCUAAUGGGCAAGGCUAGUCGUAAAGUCCGGUUAAUCGAAGCAUUGGCUCAGAUAUUCAAUGACCCCAAUCACAGUAAUAUUAUCAUUCGAUCAUUUACCUCUGGCUCUACAGUAGUGACUUGGAGCAACGCCACUUUGAUUGGCACGGAAUGCCCGCCCAAUUCGGUGAUAGAAAAUCUUCGCCGUAUGCUGAUGGAUGACGAAGGAAAACUGACCCAGAGAAGCACAGAAAUUCUCGUAGCUGCCGAUUUUCAACCUUCGUCUGCACAAGUGUCUCCGCUGGGCAACUGUGUCGGACAGCAUACGCCAACCUUCGCGCCGGGUGCCGACGAUGGGAAAACCGAAGGCGUAGACGGGCAGUCUACUGACGAUGCGUGGUCUGACGAUUACCUACUAACAUUCAUCGUUCCGGGCAUCAUUAUCACGGUGAUGCUGUUGCUUGCUGCCGUAAUUGCGUGCAUUCUUUACCGUCGCAGACGAACAGGAAAGCUGGGCCUGGAAGAGCGGCGCAGUUUUGUCUCGAAAGGUAUUCCAAUCAUAUUCGCCGAGGAAUUAGAAGAGCGACCAAGUGGUCGUCAUCCGGCCAAAGCACCUGUUAUUCUCAAAGAGGAGAAACCGUCCCAGCCACCCGAUUACCAUAAGGUGCGCUCCUCAGCUAGCCCCUAUGCAUCGCACAAAGCAGCCGAGCAGCAUGACUUGCUCCGUACACCGUCGGACGAUGCGGAAGAGGAGCCAAACAGUCUUUAUCAACCGCCACCUCCCCUGUCGGCUGGUCGCGAUUCCUCGUCACGAUACUCGCGACCCAAAGCCACCCCAGCUUAUCGAAAACCACCUCCUUAUGUUCCACCCUAAUAUUGCGUAUUGACUGCCAGAACUCUAUUAUUUUUCUUUAUUGUUUCUUCUUUCUUUUUCGAUCCUUCUAACAACAAUCUAGAUAGACUCUUACAAUUUAAACUAGAUUUUUUGCUCCUUGAACUGAACGUAUGUGUUACUCUAACGAAAUGUGUUAAAUCUCUUGUCUCUUUACUCGAUUUCCUUGUUGCGCAGCUAAUAUCAGUCCCACCAUUUUGUUUCUUUUUUAAAGUUAGUGCAAGCUUUUUUCUUCACCUAAAAACAAAGAACUUCUGUAGACACUAUUUUGCCAUUACAUCAGCAAGUCUUUGUAGAUCCUCCACAAAGUCACAAGUAAAUAUAAAACAGAAAAAGAG